AUGUGUUCAUCUGCUCCAGCUGUCGGUCUCGCCGCUCCCUCAUAGGGUCACACAGGCAGGAGUUUAAAGGACCACUCUGGAGCGCCAACUCAUCCUGGACGAGCACAGACGGACACACAGGUCUGACGCACACUCACAGACUCAGCGGACCGGGCUUCAAUACCACUCCUCGACUGUGCAUCUCAGCUUCACCCUGCGCCUCCUGCCUCAUAGUUGUGUGUUUUUUCGCUGUAGUCCGGCCCCACUGCCCAUCAUUUAGUGUAUUAGCAUGCAGGCUGCUUGUGUGUCAAACGUGUGUGUGUGCAUUUGUGUGUCAGUGCUCCUCCGCAGUGUACUUUCACAGUUGCAGAGAGAAACUGACACCUACACGGAAUGCUCUGAUGGAUAUCACUGGGACCCUCAAACUGACCACUGCAGAGACAUAAACGAGUGUGAGACCAUUCCCGAUGCCUGCAAAGGGGAAAUGAAGUGCUUCAACCACUACGGGGGUUACCUGUGCCUCCCUCGCUCGGUGUCGUUCAUCCCUGCUUCAGAGUCCCCCAUCACUCCCACGUUGCCCUUUAACCCCUGCCCUGUGGGCUACGAGUCGCAUGGAGACAGCUGCGUGGAUGUGGACGAGUGUGCUCGACAUGAACACGACUGCCAGCCCAGCCAGGAGUGCAUCAACACUCUGGGCUCCUUCACCUGCCAGUGCCCCAGAGGCUACCGGAAGGUUGGCACGGAGUGCAUCGACAUCGAUGAGUGCAGGUACAGGUACUGCCAGCAUCGCUGCGUGAACGUCCCCGGUUCCUUCUCCUGUCAGUGUGAGCCCGGCUUCCAGCUGGCGGGAAACAACCGCUCCUGCAUCGAUGUGAAUGAGUGUGAGAUGGGCGCCCCCUGCUCCCAGAGAUGCUACAACACAUACGGCACUUUCCUGUGUCGCUGCGAUCAGGGUUACGAGCUCGACCAGGAUGGCUUCACUUGUAACGACAUCGACGAGUGCAGCUUCUCCAGCUAUUUGUGCCAGUUCCAGUGUGUUAACGAACCUGGAAAGUUCUCCUGCGUGUGUCCAGAGGGGUACCAGCUGCAGGGCACCAGGACUUGCCAGGAUAUAAACGAAUGUGAAUCAGGUGAGCACCAGUGCACUGACACGCAGACCUGCGUCAACAUCCACGGGCGGUACCAGUGUGUGGACAACGACCGCUGCCAAGAACCCUACGUUCAAGUGUCUGACAACCGCUGUGUGUGUCCCAUCAUCAACCCCGUCUGCCGUGACCUGCCCUUCUCGGUGGUCCACCGCUACAUGAGCAUCACCUCGGAGCGCACGGUCCCCUCCGACAUCUUCCAGAUCCAGGCCACCAGCGUGUCUGUGGGGGCUUACAACACUUUCCGCAUCCGCUCCGGGGACGACAGCGGCGACUUUUACAUCAGGCAAAUCAAUAACCUCAGCGCCAUGCUGGUUCUGGCCCGCUCCGUGUCAGGGCCCAGAGAAUACACGCUGGACCUGGAGAUGGUUUCGGUUAACCCCCUGCUCAACUACCAGGGCAACCACCAAAGCAGCUCCGUCCUCAGACUCUCUAUCUAUGUCGGACAGUAUGCUUUUUAAAAAUAAAUUAAAAAGAAAAAAGGAACGGAUGUGAAAGAAGCUGAUUUGCUCAAUGCAGUUCAACCAAUCACUGUGAUGUUACAUUAUUAACUUUUUUUAUACGUAGUCGUCCAAAGAAAAAAUUCUGUCAGUCCGUAGUUUGUGUAAAUAUACUCAUGAAGUACAUUUUAUCCUGAUGUUUUCCUGUCACACAGAUGAAGAACAGUUGAAUUUUUUUGUUUUUCAGAGCAUUUUUCUGUCUUUUCUAGUGUGAAUUCUGUCCUUCUCACCUGCCUGGCAGUGUCAAUAGGAGCUCAGUGGAGUUUCCUUUGUUCAGGUGAUAGCAGUCUGUGUGGCAUCCUGUCUGCCUUCAGGUGAAAGAUCAAUGCUUUGAGUCAACACUUUGAUCUGUUUUCAUUAGUUUCAAUCCCAAUUAAUUGUUUUUCCUGUUGACGCUUCACUCAGUAACCACUCACACCAGACCUCAGUGCUCACGCUCUGCAUUCAGCCUCCAGUUGUUUGCAUUUCCUCCUGGCAUCACUGUGUCAGAAAGUGUUCUAAAAAACAAUCAAAAGUGUACCUUUUCAUUAAAGUUAUUUUUAUAAAUGAACAUCCAACAUGUUCGCACUGCCAAGGAUUGUUCCUUUUUGAUGUUGAUUUCAAAAUAAAACUUUUUUGGCUCUUAAA